CAGACUUACUUUUACGGAAUUAGUUAAACGGAAAAAGAAUUUUCAACCCAAAUAGAAGCAGAAUUCGUAAAAAUCAUGGCAGAGGAAUCUGAAUCAAAAAGUGAAGAGGAAUUCAAAACACAAAGUGAAGAGGAAUCCGAAACACAAAGUGAAGAAGAAUCCGAAACACAAAGUGAACAGGAAGCGGAAAAACAAGCUUCAACGUCUGAUGAUGAAAGCUUUCACAUCCUCCUUGAGAAAAUGCGUCAUAGACCUGAUGUCACUAGGGCAAAGGAUUGCUUUCCCCUCAACCCAUCUAUAUCUAAAAAGAUUAACAUACAAAUCAGAGAAGAACACAGUGAUAGGAGUGUACAGCAAUCACAGAAAGAGGAUGAUGAGGGUGUUUCUCAAGCAACAUCGCAAACUGGUAGACUUCUAAAUGACCCAAUCAGGGUUGGCAAUGCUGAUUGGUGCCGGUGUGGCUUAUGUAUUCCCAUGCCUACAUCAUUAGAAUGCAUUUGCUGUUAUGAUGUUCCUCAAAUUUUUGAAAGAAUACCAGAGGAUGCUUUUUGUAUAAUUGACAAUCCUGAAUUUGAUACAGAAGUCACCAAUCAUCAAAGACUUGAUUGGGGUUACAGGAUGACAAGCUUUAAAAUUACUAAGCAGCCACGUAAUUCUGAUUAUAUGAGGGCGCUUCGCAAAAUAGCAUACCGCGCAUUCACCAUUUGGAUUUAUACUUAUUUGGGCUUCCAGAACAGAAAGCCGAUACCAUCCUGCGUUGUUAGAGAAAUCAGAAGCAAGUUUCCUGAUCCUAACAAAAAAUAUACUGGAUUUCUACUAGCUUCAGACUACUUUGCAGAGGAUAUGGCUUAUGAGUAAAAAUAAUUGCUCUGCUUCGUUUGUAAUCUUUUCUGUGUCAAUUUCAAUACAGGUUAUCUACAAUGUAUAUUAAUGAUAUUCGUAAUGUUUGACUAUUUGGAUAGUUAUAAGUUAUUUGUAAUAGUUAUUAUAUUUUGGAGGCACAAAUAAAAAGAUUGCUUUAUUAAUGCUUAAGCACAUGUUAAAUACAUGUAUUGAUGCUUUAUUUCUAAUGUGAAAUAAAAGUAAUUUCGUUACCUCAA